CCUGGCCUAGCCAUAGCCGUAUAUUGAUUCGCUUGAACCUAUCGAUCUCGCCGUCCUGCCGUCCAUUUUCAGCGAGAUGGUCGAGACGGAGGGAGAAGAUGGCCCGUCUCUCGGGAAUCCGAGGUUUUCAUUGCUACCAUAUUGUCCAGCUCGAGACGGCCGGAGGUCGCUCUGGGACUCUCGUUUUUCGCUACCGUUGCGACCGACACGCUCGAUGAGCCAUGCUUGAGAUCGCCACCAGUAGCGCAGGUCUCUGGUCCGCCUUGGCCCUCCUUCUACUGCUUCACCUCCUCACCCAAUCACGCGACCCUCUUCAUUGGAUCUCGUCCGCCCCUUCCCUUCCCAUCUUCGGCUCAGCUCCCCUUCUCCCAAGGCAAGGAGGCUGGCUCAGGUGGCAAGCAUGGGCUCGCUCUGCUCGAGACGCUAGCAAGGCGCCGCAGGGUCUUCUUCGCCUCGAACUUUUCACACAGCGCUUCGUGCUUGUAACAUCGGCUGCGCUGGCUCGCACUCUCCUCAAUGGUGGCACGCGUCGCCGGACCCUCUCUGGUCGCCCUCCCCUCGCCAUGAUACAGGACAGCCAAUCGCUCACUGGGCACCGCGCGCACUACUAUGCCUUCAUGACAAUGAAUGCAGACUUCAAAAGACAUAGAUGGGCGGCGAUGAAUAUGUUCAACGAAGCGCGCAGGCAGGGUUACUGGGGUCGAAUCGAAACGCAAUGUAGUGAAAUGUUGAGGGCGAUGGUGGGGUUGGACCCCGUGUAUGCUAGCCAAACCCGUGCAGAGGCGACAAGUCCACGCUGUCUACUUGAGGCAUACAGCUCCUCCACGAUUACUUCCCUCGUCUUUGGCGACGCCUCGGCGGCCACAUCAGCGCGGCUACGCAACGAGGCAGGGGAAUUCCUCAAUGUCCUGGCCCCGGCGAGCUACAUUGUCAACUUGGUCCCACAGCUGCAAUGGUUGCCGAGGACGGUGAAUCCGUGGAAGAGGUACGAGGAGGGGAGAUGGCAGCGACAAUGCGGGUGGUUCAAGACGCUAUGGCAGGAUUUCGUCAAGCGGCGGUACGGCGAGGUCAAGAGAGAGGAAGCAGACUGCUUCGCUGCUGUCUAUCAGGCCUCGAAAGUGAUGUGCGACGCAGCAAAUGACGCCGAUCAGGAGGGCGACCACAGCGGGAGCAACUCUCGUCGCCCCGCCCUCGGCCUCCGCAACGAUGAUGACGCGACCUGGUGCCUCGGCAUGAGUAUGCUCCCCGGCGCCUACACCGUUUCUUCCUCCCUCUCUACCAUCCUGCGCGCGCUCGUCGCCUUCCCCGAAGUGCAGCGCAAUCUCCAAGAAGAGCUCGACGAGUACCUAUGCGCCAGGUCUGAUGAGCACGCAGGAGCAGCAGACAAGCAUCGCAUACCCAUCGAGCGGGACGCUCUCUCCCUUCCCUACUUACAAGCCUUUCUCCGAGAAUGCCAACGAUGGCGACCUGUCAUUCCUACGGGGAUACCGCAUCAGGUCAUGCAAGACGAGGACAUCUGGAUCAAAGAAGAUGGUGAGGUCUUAACGGACCCUCUCAAGGCUAGACUCACGACGGCGAAGCGCCACCUUCUCCCAGCCGGUACUAUCCUCUUCGCUCCCGAGUACCUCUAUUCGCGGGAUGAAGGCGUCUACAUCGAUCCCGGUCGCUUCGACCCAUCACGCUGGCUGACAAGCGAUACGGCUCCCUGGGUGCUCCGUGACCCUGCUUCUGCUCCGCUGGUCAACGCUACGGCAUUCGGUUGGGGGGCGCGACGCUGCCCCGGGGCUAUUCUGGCACAAUACCAGCUGCAUGUUGCCACGCUUGGCUUGCUUUGGCUCUUUGACUUCACGCUGCCAGAGAAUUUGGAGACGCAAGCGCUAUUGAAUCAAGGUUUAGCAGAGGGCGAAAGGAGAGGAGGGAUGGCCUGGCCGAGGGAGUGGCGAGAGAGUGGAAUGAUACCUAGGGAGGUCGAGGGACGGUGCCCUGUUGAGCGAGUUCAGGUCAAGGUUAGGAGGAAGGAGAGGUUGCAGAUCCUGCUCAGCCAGAACGAGGUGUGAGUGUAUGGUUUCUACUGGCUGCCAAUCUCGUAGACGCGUCGCAAGGCUACACUUGGGCCACGGUUCUCCUGGUACCAGCCGGCCGCUUCUGUCUUCUUUCUGUCGCGCUCUCCUGUCCACUGAC